GCCAAAACUUCAAGCAGCCUCCGACGAUGCCUAAGCAAAAGGCCCCAAAGGGCGCUGCCUCCGCAGGCUCUACAGAAAUCAACGAUGCGAGAUUCUCCAAUUUCGCCACUGAUCCACGUUUCCGGCUCCCGUCCAAGAAGCACACGCGCACCACCAUCGAUAAGCGGUUCUCGAGCCUCCUGCAGGAUGAAGAUGUCAUUAAUACAGCGAAGGUCGAUCGCUAUGGACGGAAGCUGGAUUCGAGUGCGAAGAAGAAGGCGCUUGAGAGAUUAUAUAUGCCGGAGGAAAGCGAGGGAGAAGAGGACGAAGUCGUGGAGAAGGAAUUGAAGAAGGCGGAUGCGGCGUAUGAUCCGGCGCGCGGAGGAGGGUUCUCGUCAUCUUCCGAGGACGAAAGUGAAGAUGAGGAGGAUGGCGGGGUUGAGAUUGAGGAGCCUGAGUUUCCUAAUCUGCAGACUGAGCAGGCGGGCGUGGAGAUGGGGGAGGUCACAUCAAGAAUCGCGGUUGUGAAUAUGGAUUGGGAUCACGUCCGGGCUAUUGACCUCAUGGCUGUUUUCCAAAGCUUCGUACCCUCUGGAGGGAAGAUCCAUAAAGUGUCCGUUUACCAGAGCGAUUUUGGGACGGAGAGGCUUGCACGAGAGGAGGCGGAGGGUCCAGAUUUGGGCCAACCGAAAGGAGAGGAGGCCAACGCUGAGGAAGAGGGCUCCGAGGAUAGCGACGAUGAAGACGAUGACGAGAAGAUUAAGAAGGAGUUGCUAAAAGCAGAUGACGGUCAGGAAGUUGACUCGACUCGGUACCGACAGUAUCAACUGGAGAGGUUACGGUAUUACUACGCGGUGGUAGAAUGUUCCGACAACGAGACGGCACAAAAUAUCUACGAAUCGACCGAUGGUACCGAAUACCUCUCUUCGGCCAACUUCUUCGACUUGAGAUUUAUCCCUGAUGGAACAGAAUUUGACAAUGUUCUAAGAGAUUCAUGUUCCGAAGUCCCAGAAAACUACCGCCCCAACGAAUUCGUCACCGAUGCCCUCCAACACUCCAAAGUCAAAUUAACCUGGGACAUGAAUCCUGAAGAAACCACACGAAAGGAGGCCAUCAAGCGUGCAUUUACCGGUAGUCGCGCAGAUAUAGCAGCCAACGAUCUCAACGCCUAUGUAGGUAACGACUCCUCCGACUCGGAGGAGGAGCCAGAGACCGAAGAGGCACCAGUAAAGACCAAGAAGCAAUUAGAGAGAGAACGAAUACGCGCCGCGCUAGGCCUCACCGAUGAACCUGCCCCGAACAAGCCAUCAGGCCCAGUUGGAGAUCUAGAAAUCACCUUCACGCCCGGCCUGAGCGCCAAAGAAGCAGCAGGGGGCGUUUUCGAAAAUGAGCCCGUCAAAGAGGAGACGACAGCCGAGCGAUAUAUCCGGAAAGAAAAGGAGCGCAAGGCGCGCAGAAGAGAGAAAGCCAGGGCCGCACGUGAAGGACGUGAUCCGAACACGCCAGCAGUAGAACAAGAAAAGGCUGCGGAGCCCGAGGAUCUCGGCUUCGACGACCCCUUCUUUGCCGACGACAAGACGAAAGAGAAAGCGUCCAAGACGAAGCACAAAGAAGAGCGCCGCAAGAAGCGCGAGCUCAAAGAGCAAGAAGCUCGCGCCGCCGCAGCCCAGAAAGCCGAACUAGAACUCCUAAUGCAAGACAAUGCCGGCUCGGACGCCGCGCCAGGCGACCACUUCGACAUCAACGAGAUCGCGCGGGUUGAGAAGCGCAACCGCAAGAAGGGCAAGGGCAAGAAGAAGCUCGACCGCGAGAGCAAGCGCGGUGGCCUGCAAGAGGAUUUCGAGAUCGAUGUGGAGGACCCCCGAUUCAGGGGUGUGCAUGAGAGUCAUGAGUUCGCGAUUGAUAGCUCGCAUCCGCGAUUCCAGGGGACGCAGGCGAUGAAGAAGUUGUUGGAGGAGGGGAGGAAGAGGAGGAAGGUCGAGGUGGAUGUCGAAGAGGAGGAGGCGCCGUCGAGGGUGCAGAAGAAGAAGAGGGUUGUGUAGAGGGGAAUUCAAUAUCAUGGUGCGCCUUGUUUAUUUUUCCCCCUUAU